GAGGGCCACUACCUUGUAGUCACUGAGAUGGGCUUCGGCGUCGUGGGGAUGAUCCUUUUGUGGCUCGACACAUCCACCACCAUCGCAGAAGCUUCCCACACAGACCCCAUGUAUGGCUUCAUUGACGCCUUCGCGACGAAAGGGUUCCAGAUCGAUCUCGUGAACUCGAAGCUUGCGCCAAAAGCCUGGCACGCGGAGUGGUACAGGAUGCUCACCGCGACCAUCGACUUCGAGUUCGGCCCCAGGCUUUCCAAACGCUCGUUCGAGCACUGGUCUGUGAGUGUGGCAUUCCUCACCUCAGCUCCCAAGCUCUACCGCACGUGCUCGAUGUGCGUGUCGCGGCACGUGAACAAACGCAAGGACGAGAGCGAGCUUCCAGAGUCGCUCUGGGCAUGGUACGCUCUCGGAUCAGUUCCUGCUCCGCGGCAGCUGCUGAAGCGCACGCUCUCGCACGCACAGACG